AUAAACUAUAAUAUUGUGAACAACUCUGAGUUGAGGAAACUUCUCACCGCAACAUCGAGCAGGUCGAUUAUUGUGAUAGAAGACAUUGAUUGUUCUGUUGACCUAACGGGCAAGAGAAGGAAGAGAGACGGUGACUUGAGCGCCAAGAAAGAUGGAGGACAAGGCAAAGAAGAUCAAAACCAAAGCAGAGUCACACUCUCGGGGCUUUUGAACUUCAUAGAUGGGAUAUGGUCGGCUUGUGGACAAGAGAGGAUAAUCAUUUUCACGACGAAUCAUAUCGAGAAACUAGACCCGGCUUUGAUCAGGAGAGGAAGGAUGGAUAUGCAUAUUGAGCUGUCUUAUUGUGGCUUCGAGGCGUUCAAGGUUCUUGCUAAGAACUACUUGGACGUUGAUUCUCAUCCUCUGUUUGGUGAAAUUAAGUCUUUGCUGAAGGAAACAAAGAUCGCUCCAGCUGAUGUAGCAGAGAAGCUCAUGGCCAAGAAUCAUAAAAUAGAUGUCGACGGAUCGCUGAAAGACUUGGUUGAGAGUUUGGAGAGGAGGAAGAAGCACCAGAGAGAUCACGGUGAUGAUCACAAGAAGAAGAUUGGUGGCAAGAAACUUGGAAUAUUUCGCGGAUUGUUUUAGGAUAAUGUCUUAUCUUUUGAAUCUUUUUUUUUUAAUUUUAACCUGUGUGAAU